AUGUCGUCUGUGCGGGAGCGUGACUACCGGAGGAGAGAGUGGGAGGGGGGUGCAUGCCUCGAACAGUGGAGCCGUGGUUCUGAGCGUCCUUCCUUUCUCGACGAACAUCUAGCAAUGGCCAAGCGUACCAAGAAAGUCGGAAUCACCGGAAAGUACGGUACCCGUUAUGGUGCUUCCCUCCGUAAGCAAGUGAAGAAGAUGGAAAUCACCCAGCACGCAAAGUACACCUGUACCUUCUGCGGCAAGGACGCCGUUAAGCGUACUGCUGUUGGUAUCUGGAAGUGCAAGGGCUGCAAGAAGACCAUGGCUGGCGGUGCUUACACUGUCUCUACCACUGCUGCUGCCACUGUCCGCUCCACUGUUCGUCGUCUUCGUGAGUUGGCCGAGAUCUAA